AUGUCAGAUACCAUGGUGGAGGAUGCCAGCGUUCAAACUGGACAUAAGGAAGGGCACUCAAAGAAAGAUGUGGAGAAAAAGCUGUCACCUUUGUCAACACUGGAAUCCUCUUUUGAGGCACUUAAUUUGAAGAAAUUCGAUGUUGCAUUUGCCGUCGAUCCACUCUAUCAUCAGACAUCUGCACAAUUUGAUGAAGGUGGAGCUAAGGGUCUCUUGCUGAAUAAUCUUGGAGUAUAUGCUGGAUGCCGGGUUCUCUUUGAUUCACAAGAAGUACCAGGGAAGGGCACAUCAUGUGCAAACCAACAUUAUGAGUCAGAUACAAUUGACCUUUCUUUUAUCAGAGACUAUGUUGAACAGAUGGUACUGAACAUGCAAGUGAAGAAUGAAAUCUCACCAACCCUUAAGAUUAUCAUCAAUGAGUUUGAUGAAGAUAAUAGAAGGCCAUUAGAUACUUUUGGUUCUAGCCAGAAAGUGAUUGAUGAAGUUGAAGCUUUGAAUAAUAAUGAAGUUGAGUUCGAUGGUGGUGCAUGUGAGGAUUAUGGGACCUCUGCUUUUGAUCAUGAUGGCCAGACCUCUGCUUUUGUUCAUGAUGACCGAUCAAGCAUUGUUGAUGAGAACAUCAGUGGUGUAGAUCCGACUUUUCCAAGUUAUGAUGAGGAAACUGAACCAUUUUCUUCUCACAACCCUGAUAUGGACAGAUUUGAGAAAGUUGAUGAACAUUUAUUUUUAAGUUUGGGAAUUUCUUCAAAACAAAAUGCUUGGGCAGGUCCUGAUCACUGGAAGUAUCGAAAAGUUAAAGGUCCUGUAGCAGAAGAUGAUCCUGCUUCAGAAAAUGCAUCACCAGUAACAAAUAAGAAAACAAGGAGUAAGAAACAAGCAGAACCUGAUAUAGAUUUCACAAAGGCCUUAGAUGAAGAAUUACCAGAUAUAUUUGCACCUCCAAAAAAUCCAAAGUCGCUAUUGAUGCCUGCAAGUAGAGCACAUUGUAAUACAAUGCUGCCUGAAGACUGUCAUUAUCAACCAGAGGAUCUUGUCAAAUUGUUUCUUCUACCUAGUCUAAUGUGCCUUGGGAAGAGGAGAAGAAGAAAGUCCUCAGUUGAAUCGAGAGAGGAAAGUGAUGAUUGUGAAACAUUACCAUCCUGGGGCGACGAAACAUUUGGUUGCCAAUUUGAUGACGGAAAUGAUCAAAGUGAUGUGGAGGACGGCACACUUGUCUCUCAGCCUCGCCAGAUACAAAAAAUUGAAGUUGAGUAUGACAGAACUUCUAAACAAGUUGAUGUUCAGACUUUGAAACAAACUAUAUGGGAUCAGAUACAGGAAUCUGCUCAAAUGGGUGUUGAGGGUCAAGAAGAGACACAAUCAUUCAGGCACCUCUUGGCGAAAUUUCCUACCGACUGCCGAGCUGCUGCAACUGUCAAGGAUAUCUCACCUCAUCUGUGUUUUAUAUGCCUAUUACAUUUAGCUAAUGAGCAUGGUUUGAGCAUCCACGGCUGCACCAGCUUGGAUGAUCUUAGUAUACAGCUUCCUUCAAAUGUGGAAGUGAUAACUGCAUGUCCUAAGCUUGUUGUGCCUCUCGUUCACACACUCAAUUGGGGUACCACAAAGUUGUAA